UCUCCAACAACAGAGGGGGAGAGCCGGAGAGAGAGAGAGAGACAAUCAUGUGGAGAAGGUUGUACACGCAGCUCCAUCGCUUGGCCGUCGCCAACGUCUCCUCGUCGCCUUUGCCGCCGCCGUCGCAUUUCCGUCCAGCCGCUGCUCUCCGGUCUGGCCGUUCCUUUGCUUCGUAUUCCAGUGUAAAGGCUGCUGGAUCCUUUAGCCACCAUGGGAUGCAAUACUCAACUACAGUGCCAAAUGACCCUGACACACAUGAGGACUUCAGACCUACUAGUAAGCUUGAGAGUUCUGGCCUUUCUUUGAAAGACAUUGUUGAGCAGGAUGUGAAGGACAACCCUGUGAUGAUUUACAUGAAAGGGGUGCCUGACCUCCCUCGAUGUGGAUUCAGCUCACUAGCAGUAAGAGUGUUGAAAGAAUAUACAGAUGUUCCCUUGAGUGCCAGGAACAUAUUGGAAGAUCCCGAGCUCAAGAAUGCUGUCAAACAACACAGCCACUGGCCAACAUUUCCCCAGAUAUUCAUCAAUGGCGAGUUCAUUGGAGGAUCAGAUAUCAUCCUCAGCAUGCACCAGAGCGGCGAGCUGAAGGAAAAACUUAAAGCUGUUGCCGCCCACCAGGGACGAUCAGAUUAAGCCAUAGCUACCAAACAACUUAAAUUACCAGGGAACUUUGAGCUGCCUUUGACAUCCCCUUCUUGUUACUGUUAUUUUUUAAACGUUGAACUGAAGAAUAACAAUUACUUGUACAAGUAUGGAUCUGUAGUCUAGAACUUUCUAUUUAUCUUGGAUAGCAAAAGUUAGAAAUCUUCCAUUUAUUA